CAAACCCAUGUGGGUUGCUUUCCAGCCAUUGCCAUUCCACACACGCGCAUCCUCCAUUUGUCAAGUUAAUAUAAUCUCCUCCUCGCCUCCUCGCCUCCUUUCCAAAACCAAAAAACCUUAACUCACCGAAUGCUUGACAAACUAUAAAAUUUUAAUUUGACUAUCUGCUGGAAACAAGAAUUAUUUAAUUUUAUCAAAGCUUUACGCUUUACUCUCCAUUGGUUCUUUUACUUCUCGACAAGUUGCGGUGGUGGCUGUGACCUUUCUGGAUGGUUGAAAUCUUGGCCUUUAAAGUGGAGAAAACUGAGAGAUUUUGAGGGCUACGAGGCUAUGAAAUUCCAGAGGAAAAGAUGACUUCUUUCAGUGGAUUGGGAAUUGGGUUGGGCAUAGUUUUUGGGUGCCUGCUGUUGGCACUUGUUGCAGAGCUUUACUACCUGCUAUGGGGGAAGAAGAGAAUCACCAACAGAGAGAUUGAGGAGGAAGAAGAUGAUGGUUACAUCACCAGCCAUGCAAAGGAAAUCUUCCAAUUUAAUUGCUUCAAAAAACCCAAUUCUUUUCACACCAGCAGCGAUGGAAAUUCAAAUUCCCAUGAGAAUUUGAGAGAGCCAGAUGUGAAUGUCAAUGGAAGUAGCGAGCCAGAUUUGGAACUGGGUUCUAGCACGGAUUUGCUGUUGAAGCUCAAUGGGGAAGAAAAUGUGGAAAUCUCAGAGCUGAUGAGGCUGCACAAUCUUGCUGGCCCACCAAGGUUUUUGUUCACAAUCAAGGAGGAAGAAAAGGAGGAUUUGGAAUCAGAAGAUGGGAAGUCUAGAAGCAGCAGAAAAAGGUCAAGGACUAGAAGUUUGAGUGAUCUGAUUUUGGCAGUGGACACACCUUUUCUUUCCCCUAUGCCUUCCCCAUCAGUAAAGUCUUCACCUUUGAGCAAUUUGGAGGCCUACAAACACCAUGGAUUCAACCCCCUCUUUGAAUCCUCCACAGAAGCUGAUAUGAACAGGCUGAGAUCUUCACCCCCUCCAAAGUUCAAGUUCUUGAGAGAUGCAGAGGAGAAGCUGCUGAGGAGAUUGAUGGAGGAAGCUGAGAAAAGAGCAGCUAAAAAUGGUGGGUCUGCAGCUUCUGCAGCUCAAGAUUGUGGGGUGAAAGCUUCAACAAAUUCAACAAUGGCUGCAGAAGAGAGAGAUGGGUCUUUUAUAAGACUCAUUGCUGGCAAGAACAAGGAGAAUCAUCAGAAUCCUCCAAGCUCUUCCAAGGUACUUCCACUGGCUUCUUCUCCUACAAUGUCCAAACCAACUUGACAGGAUUGGGCAACUAAAUAUCUGUCAAUUACCAAGAGAUCUCUGUUAAUUAGUUUUGAAAGAGGAUUACUUCUGUAUUAAUCUUAGAGGUUGAAGGUUUUUAUCUUCUUCAUUUUA